ACCAAACUAACCCACAACAAUAACCCGCUCGUUUUAGUGUUUCCAAUCGUAACCUUGAGUCCUCUUUCCCCUCUUAUCAUACAUGUCGUUCGACUACGAAUCUGCUCUUUCUUCACGAGAAUCAGAUGGGGUAGAUAAGGAAUUGCAGACAUUCAUACAAACGAUACAACAAAGAGCGGAGUUUCAGAAUCAUGUCAAUCAUCUGACUUCUGUGUGUUGGGAUAAGUGUGCUGUUGGAUACCCGUCUUCGAAAAUGGAUGCGAAAAAAGCAAAUUGUAUCGAAAACUGUACAGAACGUUACUUGGACGUUUCAAUGCUUCUUCGUAGGAAUUAUUUAUGGAACUCGUUUCGAAUUGGAAGAAUAUCCAAUAAAACUACACACCUAGCCAAAUCCUACCAAGCUGAGUAGUUUCCAAUUCUGUGAGUGAAAUACAGAAAGAAAUGAUCGAUCUUGGACAUAAACGUGAAAUGUUAAUAGACUACACAAUUACGAUCAGAUUUACAUAAUUUAAGAGCUGUAUACAUUGUUUUUAAUGGAUCUGGAUCAGUGGCAAUCAUUAUACCAACUAGUUAAGAGGUAAGAAGGUUUACCGAUUACUGGAUAAACUCAAUGGUGUUCAAAAUGAUAUUGUAAUGACACAUGAACCAGAAAGUAAUGGCCAAUUAGCCUUUCUUGACAUACUUUUAAGUCGAAGGGAUGAUGACACUAUUAGACGGUCCAUGUAUAGGAAACCAACUUGGACAGGACAAUACCUAAAUUUCCAUAGUUUCUGUCCAUUGCAAUACAAGAGAGGUCUAGUUAAGUGCCUCUUUAAGAGGACUCGAAGAAUAUGUACCUUUGAUAUGGUGGAAAAAGACGAAAAGUUACUGACUGACACUUUAAUAGCAAAUGGUUAUCCACUCAAG